AUGCAAUUCAAGAACGUCCUCUUCGCUGCUUGUAUGGUGUUCUCGGCCUCGGCCACUGCUGCCUCCAAUGCCACCGACAUUGGCGCUGCCGUCCAGGCCAACUUGAACCAGGUCGACCUCGGUCUUAAGCACACCUUCAACCAGCUUAAGCACCUCAGUGCCAGCACCCAGGGAGUCACUGCUGCUGACGUCAUCAACGCCUACAACACCACCGUCACCGCCGAGAGCGACGACUUGAAGGAGAACCAGCCCACCAAGCCCCUCGCCGAUACCGCCCAGAUGGUCCUGUGCCAGGCUUUCCACUCCAACGCUCUCACCGGCACUGAGUUGCACAACACCUUUGCCGACAACGCUAAGCUGUUCGACAAGGACAACCGCAAUGACUUUCAGGUCAUCCUGAGCAAGCUCAACGACCAGACCUCUCACUUCUACACUGCCGUUGCGCUGAAGGCUCUUCCUUACUGCAAGGCCUCCUUGCGCAAUGACCAGAAGGCUAUUGCUGCCGCUAUUGGUAUUGCCGCGUACGCCCUUGACCCUUCCGAAGCAAACUAA